AUGACAGUGGACAAUGUAGCAUCUUGGGAGACUCUACUCGACCCACAAGAAAAGACAUCGUACGUGGAAUUGUUUCGAACGGCUGACACCGAAGGCAAAGGUGUCCUUCUCAAAGAUGAAGCCAUGGAAUUCUUCAAAAAGUCCAAUGUACCCAACAACAUUCUAGGCGAGAUAUGGGAAGCAGCCGACCGAGACAACAAGGGUUUCCUUACCGACCAAGAAUUCUGUAUAGCCAUGAAGCUGAUUGCCUGUGCACAACAUGGUAUUCUUCCUGCUAGCCCUGUAUUGACAACAACUGUCCCAUUGCCACAACUUGAAGGGGUUCAUGUACGACCAGCAAUACCGAAUACGAACCGACCCUCGACCCCACGAUCCAAUCCUCCACCUUCAGCAAGUCCCAAUCUCCAGGCAGCUUCACCAGGAAGUGACACUUUGUUACCUGAUGAACGUGCCCAUUAUAUCAGUCUCUUUCAAUCCUCAGGUCCUGUGGAUGGUAUCUUGAUCGGGGAAAAGGCCAAGGAGGUCUUUUUACGAUCCAACUUGCAACCUUCCACGUUACACCAAAUUUGGUCACUUGCUGAUACUCGCAAAUCAGGCACUCUCAACCAGACCGAAUUCAUCAUUGCUAUGCAUUACAUUACACGUGUCCUCGCUGGCCAUUCUUUACCACCAUCUCUUCCAGCAUCUAUUUAUGCAGCAGCUGCUUCAGGUCGAAUGAAAUCGCCCGUCAUGUCCAAUCAAUCACCUACCAUUCGACGUCAAGAUACGAUGCCUUUCACAGGUGGUCAAUCUCAUCAUCCUGGUCGUGGCGAUUUUGAUAUUUCAAAUGAAGAAUUCAACAAGUACAAAAAAUUCUUUGAACAAUUGGAUACGAAUCACUCUGGUUUUAUCUCUGGUGGUGAUGCUGUUGUUUUCUUCCGCCAUUCCAAGCUAUCCGAAUCUGAUCUUGCACGUAUUUGGGAUCUUGCUGAUACGAAUCAAACGGGUCAAUUGAACUUGCAACAAUUUGCUGUUGCUAUGCAUUUAAUCAACCGACGGCUUUCGGGUGGUCAAAUUCCAACCACGUUGUCAGAUACGGGCCUUGCACGACACCCAUCAUUUAUGAAUACUCAAUCACAAUCAACUGCUGCUGCUGCACCUACCCAACCUAUGGCCAAUCAAUCAUUUGAUCUCCUUGGCUUAUCUAGCAAUGAACCAUCAUCAUCAGCAGCACCACCGCCCGCUCAAUCAUCAUCGCUACCAUCAGUAUCUCAGCCUGCUGUAGGAGCGACAACUGAAUCUGUGAGUAACAUUGGGCAACAGCGUGCUGAGCUCGAGUCGACACUUACAUCCAUCCGCAAUGAAACGCAAAAUCAGAUUGCACGUAACGAUCAGCUUCGUUCACAAGUGGAUACCGAAGCACAGGCCAUUCGACAAUUGCAGGAGACCAUUGCACGUGAGAAAGAGUCUUUGGAAGCGUUGAAACGAGCAGCUACAGAUGCUGAACGAGAAUUGGAACAACAAAAGAGCAAAAAGAACGAGCUGACACAAGAAUUACGAGUAUUGAAGCAAGAACACAAUCACUACAAUCAGCGUCUUGAACAUGCUCAAAGCGAAUUGCAAAAGACAACCAUCAGCUCACCUGUAUCUGCAAAGGAACAACCAACGACGAGUGCAUCCUCCCCCAUCAACAACAACAACAACAUGUUUUCGUUAUCCACUGCACCAGCUGGAGAGUUAUUUGGCUCUGUCAAUCAGCAUUCAACGGGAUCUCCCUCAUUAUCACCAGCAGCAAAGAAAGGAUUCGAUCCAUUUGAAGGAUUCAAAAAGGGGGCGGCAACAUCAUCAUCUGCAGCAUCGUCUCCUAUUGCAACAUUGAAUCGAUUGAAGGAAGAAUCUGAUAACAAGCAACAAACAAGAUCGGGAACACCCAAUGUGGAUAUCAGUGACAUUGAAGCCAAAUUCCCUGAUCUAUCAACGAUGGAGCAUAAUUUCCAACCUACUUCACCAGCUCAUCAUCCUCCUCCUCCAGCAUCUUCAUCAUCAGCAACAUCCACGCCUGCUGCAACGCCUAAACAAUCAUCAGCAUCGAUUCCUUCUUCUACACAACCACAACAACAACCCACUUCACCCUUCCUUCAUAAUAAUUAUUCGAUUCCACAACAACAACAACAACAACAACAGCCAUUGGUUCGCCAAGCAACAUUAUCCCCUUCACAAGCUAAAUCGGUUGCCAAGUACGGUUUUGAUCUUUCAGCCUUUGAGGAUGAUGAUGGACCCUCUACAUCUACCACAAACACUGCUCCUGCUGCUGCUGCUCCUCCUUCUGGAUCACUCAAGGAUGAUUUGCAUUCAUUGAUCAGUAGCCCUGCAACUACAGGAUCCACUCCUCAACCACCACCACCACAACAACAACAACAACAACAAUCCACCAGCUUUGAUGAUAUCUUCAAUGUCACUCCUAGCAACAACAACAAUAACAAACCUGCCCCAGAAAAGAAGCCCACAUUUGAUGAAAUGUUCUUUUCUUAA